CCGUCGGUGAGUGGAUCCGUCGUUGGCGCGCUCUCCAACGGGAAUAAAGUCCGGAGCGUUGCGUCCGAACGCGGCGAAGCUGCGGAGAGUUCAAACCUAUCGAGUGAAGAAGAACCAACAAACCUAAAGAGCUGGAUUACGACCAAAAGGAGGGCUAUGAGUUGCUGAGAUUGCUCUUCUUUAUUCGCCUGACUCAUUUUCCCAUUGGGCAGUGGAUGGUGAAGAGCCAACAAGCCCCAGAGGAGCGGUGAGGUGUUUCUCACAUCCUCAUCUGCCAGGACACACUCCUCUUUUUAUCAGUCCAGUCACUUCAGAAACAGCCAUCGCCACUAUGACUUCCCACAGCCGUCCAGAUGGACUUCCUACUCAAGAACAGCCACUGGAACUUCUCAAGCCAUCUGGAGUCAACCACAUUCCUCCUGUUGAUGUGAGUGUGGCGCUGCCACUGCAAGUGCCACCUUCUGCCAUCCCUAUGGACCUGCGUGUGGAUCACCAGUUCGCCCUGGCGCCGACAGACCCGGCCCAGCGUGAGCAUCAGCUGCAGCAGGAGCUUCUGGCCCUCAAGCAGAAACAGCAGAUCCAGAGGCAGCUCCUGAUCGAAGAGUUUCAGCGGCAGCACGAGCAGCUCUCGCGACAGCAUGAAGCCCAGCUGCAGGAGCACGUCAAGCAUCAGCAGGAUCUGUUGGCUUUGAAGCAUCAGCAGGAGCUCCUGGAACACCAGCGCAAGUUGGAGCGUCAUCGACAGGAGCAGGAGAUGGAGAAACAGCAGAGAGAACAGAAGCUCCAGUUACUCAAAAACAAAGAGCGCGGACAAGAGAGCGCCGUGGCGAGCACCGAGGUCAAGAUGAGGUUGCAGGAGUUCGUCCUCAACAAGAAGAAAGCGCUGGCCCAGAGGAGCCUCAACCACUGCCUGCCCAGCGACCCUCGCUACUGGUACGGGAAAACCCAGCACAGCUCUCUGGACCAGAGCUCACCACCUCAGACAGGGAUUUCCACUUACAACCACCCGGUGCUGGGAAUGUACGACCCCAAAGAUGACUUCCCGCUCCGCAAAACGGCAUCUGAGCCCAAUCUGAAGCUGCGGUCCAGGCUGAAGCAGAAGGUCAGCGAGCGCAGGAGCAGCCCUCUGCUAAGGAGGAAGGACGGACCCAUCACCACUGCAAAGAAACGCUCUCUGGACAUGGCAGAGUCGGCAUGCAGCAGUGCUCCUGGUUCUGGCCCGAGUUCACCCAACAACAGCUCAAACAACAUUACCAAUGAGAAUGGCAUCGCUGGAUCAAUCUCCAACAGCGCAGUGGAGCCAUCGUUGGCACACAGACUCACGGGCAGAGAGGGUCCUGUUAGCCAGCUGUCUCUGUACACAUCGCCCUCCCUUCCCAACAUCACCCUGGGUCUGCCAGCCACCGGCCCCUCCAGCGUGGCAUCAGGCCAGCAGGAUGGUGACAGGAUGGCAGUGCCAGGCUUACAGCCAGGAAUCCCCAUAACCACUCCGUUCAUGCCAGGAGCCCACCUGCCGUCAUACCUGGCCGCCUCCAGCUUGGAGCGGGAAAGCGGCUCAGCUCACAACACUCUCCUUCAGCAUAUGGUGCUUCUGGAGCAGUCAGCCGCUCAGAACUCCCUGGUCGCAGGUCUGUCAGGUGUUCCCCUGCAGUCUCAUUCCAUCCACAAGCUCCGGCAGCAUCGGCCUCUUGGACGCACCCAGUCGGCGCCGCUGCCCCAGAACUCCCAGGCUCUGCAGCAGCUGGUGGUUCAGCAGCAGCACCAGCAGUUCCUGGAGAAACACAAGCAGCAGUUCCAGCAGCAGCAGCUCCACAUCAGCAAGAUGAUGGUGAAACCGAGCGAGCCGAACCGACAGCACGAGAGCCACCCGGAGGAGACAGAAGAGGAGCUGAGGGAGCACCAGGGGCUGGGAGACCCGGCAGACCCUCUUCCUCAUGGGGUCACCAUUAAACAAGAGCCUCCGGAUGAGCAGGAUGAAGACUUUCAGCAGAGAGAGAGACAAGCGGAGGAGGAGCUGCUCUUCAGACAGCAAGCUCUCCUAUUGGAGCAGCAGAGGAUCCAUCAGCUGAGGAACUAUCAAGCAUCCAUGGAGGCGGCCGGACUGUCCGUGUCUUUUCCAGUCCAUCGGCCUCUUUCCAGAGCACAAUCAUCCCCGGCCUCCGCCACCUUUCCCAUCGUGGUGCAGGAACCUCCAGCCAAACCACGCUUUACUACCGGUCUGGUGUACGACACACUGAUGCAGAAACACCAGUGCAUGUGUGGAAACAGUAACAUCCACCCGGAGCAUGCCGGACGCAUACAGAGCAUCUGGUCACGACUGCAGGAAACAGGCCUGCGUGGACAGUGUGAGUGUAUUCGAGGCAGGAAAGCCACUCUGGAGGAGCUCCAGACGGUCCACUCUGAGGCCCAUGUGCUGCUUUAUGGAACCAACCCUCUCAGACAGAAACUGGACAGUUCAGUGACACCCAUGUUCGUGAGACUGCCUUGCGGAGGAAUCGGGGUUGACAGCGACACGAUCUGGAAUGAAGUUCACUCGUCCAGCGCUGCUCGUCUGGCUGUGGGUUCAGUGGUGGAUCUGGUGUUUAAAGUGGCUUCAGGAGAGCUGAGGAACGGUUUCGCUGUGGUGCGGCCUCCAGGACAUCACGCUGAAGAAAGCACUCCUAUGGGAUUUUGCUAUUUCAACUCAGUCGCCAUCGCAGCCAAACUCCUGCAGCAGAGACUCAACGUCAGCAAGAUUCUCAUCGUGGACUGGGAUGUUCAUCAUGGGAAUGGGACGCAGCAGGCAUUUUACAGCGACCCCAAUGUCCUGUAUCUGUCUCUCCAUCGCUACGAUGAUGGAAACUUCUUCCCUGGCAGCGGAGCUCCUGAUGAGGUGGGCAUCGGUCCAGGCGUGGGAUUUAAUGUCAACAUGGCCUUUACUGGAGGUCUGGAGCCACCAAUGGGGGAUGCAGAUUAUCUGGCAGCAUUCAGGUCGGUGGUGAUGCCGAUAGCGAAUGAGUUUUCUCCAGACGUGGUGCUGGUGUCCUCAGGCUUCGACGCUGUGGAGGGCCAUCCGCCACCUCUGGGAGGAUACAAGCUCACGGCCAAAUGUUUUGGCUAUCUAACCAAGCAGCUGAUGGGACUGGCCGGUGGCCGGCUGGUGCUGGCGCUGGAAGGGGGUCACGACCUCACCGCCAUUUGCGAUGCCUCUGAAGCAUGUGUUUCUGCUUUGCUUGGAAACGAGUUGGACCCUAUUCCUGAAGACAUCCUACAGCAGAGACCAAACGCCAAUGCCAUUCAAUCUAUGGAGAAAGUUUUGGAAGUCCAGAAUAAAUACUGGCGUUCACUGCAGCGGUCAGUCUCGACUCUGGGUUACUCUCUACGUGAGGCUCAGAGAUGUGAAAAUGAAGAGGCAGAGACGGUCACCGCCAUGGCCUCGCUGUCUGUGGCCAACAAGCACAUGGGGAAGAGGCCUGAGGAGGAGCCCAUGGAAGAGGAGCCUCCAUUGUAGAAGAUGGGCAGGACUGCUUUGGUGACCCUCUGGGCUCAGAGCCUCUUCCAGGCCUCUGACGUCACUCUACUCUCUCCAUCCGUUUCAUUUUUUGUCCCACAAUGUGCGCUCUUUGAGCACGGGAUCCGAAACGGCCUGAAGAAAUCUCUGUGAGUGCGACUCAGCCGUGUUAGUCUGUCUCUGUCUGCGGCCGCUCGUCCAGGGAUCGCGUAUCCCCCGGUCUGUCCGCUGGGACAUUUAACUUUCGAGCAGGACAUAGACUCACGUUCCAUCGUUAGAUGUGAGAGCUGGUGCUUUCGGACAUGAAACUUUAUUUGAUUUAUUCAUCACUUUCCAGAGCCACUAUGACUGAUUUGAUUUUGUCGUCUCUCUCUCUCUCUCUCUCUCUCUCUUGUUGUUCGUUUGUCUGUUAAUCUUUUAUCCGAGAAAAAACAAAAAGUGACUCAUUUCAUUCGCCAUUCUUGCUUCUGACGUUCGUGACCCUCGAGGGUGGACGAUGUGAUUGGGAGCGACAAUUCGAGUUUGUGCCUUUUCAAAAAGAGUUUUUCCACGAUGGAUCGAGAAGAACAUUGCCUUAAACUAGUUACAGGAGGGAAAGACGUUACGCCGCCUCAUUUGUUUUUGUUUUAUUUUCAAGAAAACCCUCAAGCAUGUUUACCAGGAACUCCCAGCAGAUAUCGUCAUGUUUUUAUGUUCCCUCAUUUUUACUGUGCUUACGUUGGAUGUUACAUGACUUCAACGAACUUUAAGGUAGUUGCCAGCUAUCCAAGGGCAAAAAAAAACGAAAAACGGAGCGCUUCGAUUGAAUUCUCCAGCACUUACUAGAAGGCAAGCCAAUGUAGCGACUCAAUUCAACUCUAAUGACCAAAUACGCACCUCCCUCUUUUUUUUCCUUCUCCGACAAAGACGACGACUCUGAAAGAUUAACCAGCAUGCAGCUUUCCAUCUGCCAUCUGUCGUAGUUUAACAGCGCCAACGAGCAUGAGUUUGCUGCGAUCAUAUUAGGAUAGGGCUGCGAUGACCGUGCGUCAUACGAUUUGUAGUUCCAGACAAACUUUCUAGAUUUCCCCCUCGCCCCUGGUUUUCUGGUUGUACUUUUAUAUAGCUAUGAAUGUCUAGUAUUCCAGGUUACUUUAAGGGCACUAGCAUAUAUCACUACUAACACUGACACUACUCAACAAGCGGAGAAAAAGAAAAAAAAAAGGGCUGGUUACCGAUUUUAAAAUGUACCACUUUGAGCCUUCAGACGUGCCACCUGGUGAGAUUUAGCGCUGGUUUUUAUCCUGCCGGACGGGCCCAAGCGAAAAGGGCCUUUCACUAGGGGCAGGUGCUACCGUCUUUUGAAAAACACAAUCCAGGACGUAGCGGGACCACCAGCUUCCACAAUCGUAAAACGUACGCCUCUGAGAUGACUGUGAUACUCAGACAAUCUGCAUGGGACAUUGACGUAGUUUCAGAGCCGAAGCGGCACAUACAACUGUAUAUAUACGCAGUUAUGCAUGCUGACAGUAGAUCAUUUGGCUUGACUUUGAUUGUACAUUGAACUUUACUCAAUGAAGAGGCCGUGAUUUAUUCGACGACCCUCUCUAGCCUCUCGGCAACUACCUUUUUUCUGUGCGUCAUGUUCAAUAUGAGGCCAUUUAUUCCUUUAUAUACGCCUGUCACGUAUGACUACUCCACUUAUUUUACUUUUUUUGUUACCUUUCGGGUUAUUUACGUGUUCAUUUGUCAGUCCUCAUGUAGUUGACAACGUGUUUUUUUACAUGCUUUAGUUUCUUGUUUUAGUUGAGAGUAACACAACUUUUCGUUCGUUUUGUUUUGUAUCCGGUGGGAGGGAGAUGCUUUUACUUUGUAUACUGAUUCCGACAAUUGUGUAUUUACUACGUUCUGUUCAUAGUAGAUUUAUAUGACAAAGAUCUAUAGAUAUAUUAUAUAUUAUAAAGAUUGCAGACUCUAGUGAUAUAUUUCAGUAUGUGGUCUGGCUUCCACUGAAGGCACUGUUUUGUUUUUUAUUGGUUGUCAUGCGUUCGCAGUAGCACCGUAAAACUCUUGAUCAAAUUGGAUCUUCAUGGUUCCAGGCUUCGGGUUGACAGAGCGCUCUUUAAACUCUGAUAUUGAAGUCCCAUGAAAAGCUAUUAUGGACUGACACUGUACAUUUCCAUUGGUAACAGUCCGUGUCUGAGUAGAUGCUGACAUCACAGUGACCUGGUACUGUACAUCAAAGAUGGAUUUUGGAUACUUUCGCAUAUUUAAAUAUAGAAAUACGGUAUUUCUAAAUACUUUUGAACGAUUUCAGCUUGUCAAAGAAUGCGUUCGGGUCAUAUUUUGCCCUAAAAUUCAAGAUUUUUGUUGGGGUUUUUUUUAUUUACCAAAAUAAGGCAUGCUUCAGUUUGUUUGACCAAUAGCAAAAAGGGGACUUCUGUAAGGGUAAUUUCAGAAGGCUAUUUCUUCUGUUGAACACUAAAGAAGAUAUUUUGAAGACCAUUGACUUCUAUAGUAUUUGAUAGUUGUUUUCCUACUAUGGAAGUCAAUGGUUACAGCUUUCAAACUGUCUUAAAAAUAUAUUAUUUUGUGUUUAACAGAUAAAAAGAAACGCAUAAUGGUUUGAAGGAAAUAAGUGUAAGUGGAGACAUUUUAUUAGGGGGUGAACUAACCCUUUAAGAGCUCAAAAAUGAUCAUUAAUGAUGCAAAAAUGACAGACUUUACCUUCAUAAAAUGUAAUAACACUUUAUAAUAAGGUUUCAUUUGUAGAGCAGCAUUAAAAAUGCAUCUUUGUUAAGGUUCAUUUCAACAUUAACAAAUAAAUAUUUUAAUGAAUGACAAUGCAUUAAUAAAUAUUAUUCAAUGGGCCUCAGCUAAAUUAACUAACAACAAGCAGCUGUAUUAACUAACUUUAACAGACAUUAAUAUUAAUACUAAUGGGCAUUACUGAAAAUGGUUACCACAGCUUUACUAUAAGGUUCAUUAGUUAACAUUAGUUAUUGCACUUACUAAUAGUAACAAUGAACAAUGCACGUUUACAGUAUUUGUAAAUGUUUGGUAAUAAAAAUGCUAUCUAAUGUUAAUAGAUACAGCUUAUUUUAAUAAUGCGCUAGCAAAAUGUUAUUAAUUAAUAUUGACAAAUGCCUUAAAGCUAUUAUUUAUUGUUCAUUUAUGACAAUGAAUGCUGUCGAUGAAAUCCCAUUUUAGAAGGAUACCAUGAAUCGAUACUAUAAUUCAACAAAAUCCUCUUAUUUUAAGAAUAAUUAUAUUUAUUAUAUUCUGCUCAGCAAGGCUGCAUUAUCAAAAUGAAAAAUGCAUGAUCAAAAAUACAAUCACAACAAUAUUGUGAAAUAUGACUUCUAUUCAAAAUAACCUGUUUAUAUAUGAAUAUAUUUUAAAAUGUCAGUUUUUUAGUGUCACAUAAUCCUUCAGAAAUCACAUUGUGCACUAUGACUGAAGCAUAUUAAAAAGUUGCUGUUUAAUGGGUCUGUAUUGCUAGGAACUAUACUCUCAUUUUGGCAUAAUAAUCCGUGAACUUUGCUGCCCAUACCAGUAUAGUUCCAAGCCCUAUAUGGCCAUAAAUAGCAACUUUUCAUUUACCAUUGAUCUUUUUUUCUUUUAUAAAAAUGCUAACGGUCUAAUCAGAUUCAAUGGUUUAUGCUAAGCUAAAAGUGCUUCCACCAGACCCGGAAAUCACCUAAAUUGAUUCAAAAGUCAACUAUUAACAUUAAUGCCAAGUUUAGAGUGCACAAUUUUCAAAGUAGUCGCGUCACAUAUGUUUUCACACUGCAUGACUAUCUGGGCUAGCGUUUUGUCGCUGCUUUGUUUACACUGCAGGAUGGAUCGGCAACAGGGAUUUCCCACUGCAUGACUUUAAAAUAGGAAGAACCGCCAAUAACUUUGUCUCAGUUCGCAAACUACGUCUCACAACCAAACACACGCAAGAAGUGACAUGGAAACAACGUGAGGUCACAUAGUAUAAAUUUUGUAAUUAACUACAUAGUAAGAAAGAAACCUUUAGUGGGGUAAAAAAAUUACUUAUUUUGCUCACCUGGCUAUUGAAGAGAAUUAGCAAUUUCUCUUAAUAUUUUUUCUUUUUCGACACGGUUGUGAUACUGCUCAUAUGACACACCAAACAGACUUUCCAAAUUACACUAGUUUUUCCUCCAUUUCUUGAGUCUAAAUAGAGCGACAAUGAGCGCUUUUAACUUCUCCCCUAACCUCCCACUGGCCUGCAGAUACCCAUACUAGUGGAUGCUGCUCUCUCAUUGGCUGUAGGUAAUGGCAGAUGUUAUUUUCAAUCAGAACACAUUUCACACGGCAUGAUUUGAAUCGCCGACAGCUCCAGAUAUUUAGCAUGUCUAAUAUUUGAUGGGUGUUGGUGACUCAUCAGCGAUUCUCUCAGAUCACGUCUUUGAAAGUUCACACUGUGAGGUUGUUACUCACGUGAACGAGCACCGAUUUGCUGAUUUUAGUAUACCUAAAUGUCACAAAAUUAUAUGUGCUUUUGAAGAAAGAAUUAUUAGUCCAAUAAAAUUGUAUUUUUUUUUUCAAAUCAAAUAUAUUUGAAUGUUAAAUAGAGAGUUUUUUUUUCAACAAUAGUUUAAACAACUUCUUAAUAACUAAUUCUAAUUCUUCAAAACACCUCUAACAACAAAUAAUGUCUUUGUCAUACAGAAAUUUAGCCUCCUUGUUUGAGCAACCAACAUACAAAGAAUCUAGAAACUCCCGCACCAGUUCGAUCCCAGCUCAGAAUGGGAUGGGUGCAGUAGAACCAGUGGGUUACACAUGGGGGCUCAUCCGGGAUGACGUGAUUUCUCAAAACCUGUCGGCGAGUCAAUCAUGCACUCUGAACUCGUCAUAAGGGAGUUGUAAAAUGAGCCAAAAGAAGGUAACAAAUAAUAAAUAAAUGUUCCUACAAUGUGUCCUUGAUUAAUAAAACCUUUUUUUCUAAUUUCUGAAGGAUUGUGUGAUGCUAAAAACUGGGUUAAUGACAUGCCGAAUUUUAAUUUUGCUCACUUUUUUCUUUUUCAACCCGGUUGUGCAAUCGCUAAGAUGAUAAUUUUUUUCUAAUUUCUAAAGACCUUAAUUUCUAAAGAUGCUAAAAACUGGAUUAAUGAAACACCAAAUUUUAAUUUCAAGAAACACUCUCAUUCAUACACAUAUGAUUUUUCUUUUUGUCCACAAACAAUCUUCGAUUUUAGGCUGAAAUAUGACCCGAUGUUAAUCGUGUUGGUUUUCUUUGCUUUAACAGUGAUGUCAGCGCACUCAGUUUUUCUGGGACCAUUUCUUUUUCUUUUCUUUUUUUUGUAAAAUCUUGUGUCUUGUUACUCUUGGAGCAUGAUCUAUUUUGGGGCAUUUUUUGAUCGAAAUCACAACCAUCAACUCAUCUGAAUUGCUUUCAAAAAUGAAGUGCGCGGACCGACAUUGAUUUGAAAGUGGAGAUGUUAGAAAGAAAAAAAAAAGCGACAUUCCCAAAGACUCUCGUAAUACCAAUCCUCACCCGGACCACCACAAAAAAACACUCACAAACCACUUUGCAAUAAUACUCAAAAAACAAACGGCAGCCUACGGACUCAAAGUCUUAACAAAGGGACAUCUCUAUCUGGGAUUACUCAUUUAUUUUUUGCUUUUGUUUUGUAUACUCAAUUCCGUUUGUUUAUUUUUAUACCUUUCUUUGUCAUUCCUGCUAAAUUUGCCACGAGGUCUGGCCUGAUUGUUGUUGAUUUCGCAGGCCAGGGUGAAGUUUCUUUCAUUCUCUUUCCUUCACAGCUGUAGAUUUUCUGCAUGGUUUGUGCGUCCGCAUGCCUGUCUGUCCUUGUAACAUAUUUGCACAAAGGAGGAACGCAGGAGGCUUUUGGAAAACGCAUGGGACGGAGCUCUUCUGUCCUCCUCUGUUUCUGGUCAGUACGCAGACGGAAUGACACUCUCGGUGUCCGACGGAUGUGCUUUUUACUUGUUUUGAAACUAAAAAAAGGAAUGAAAGAAAAAAAAGACUUUUGAAUAUUUUACAACCACAGCAAGAACGUUAUCUAGCACUUGUGACAUACAGACUAUAGACUUUAUGGUAUUUAUGUAGAGCAUUGUUUUAGGUGAACUACGCACUACGCCACACGUUAGACUGUCCUCUUUUGCUUUCCUUUCCUCGUUUCGUUUUGUUUUUCUGCUCUUCCUAUUUUUUCGGGUUGACUAGGAAGAGAUUAGAGUCUUUCCUUUAGAAACAUCUGGAACCAUCAAAGGGCUUUUUCCAGAUGCUUUGUCAGAUAUUUCUUCAGUUUUUCCAAAAAGGAGAGAAAAAACACACACACCCAACACUUAUCAGCCAGUAAUACCUGUGACCACUGUGGCUCGAGAACAGUUCUAGGUUUACAAAAUGUAAGAAAUGCAUAUUAUUUUUUGUCACUUUGUUUUUCCAUUGUUACAAUAGAACUUUUCUUGGGACCUUUGCUCUAAUGUUUGUCUUUGACAUCAACUAUAAAGUACCAUGUUUUUCAAUA